UCUCAUUCCUUUCACUACCUCACACACCCUCCGCCCAACAUGAGGUCGACACUCCGGUUGCUGGCCAACGUCAAGCCGGCUCGGUACUUGGAGCCUUUCGCUCCCACCGGCUUGACCGGCCUGAACACUCACCCUAGCCCUCGUCCCACCCUGAUCUUCCUUUACACAUCGACCUUGAACAAGCUCAAGUCCUUCCCCGAGUCCUCCGUCUACCGUCAAUCCACCGAGGCAUUGACCCGCCAUCGUCUGCAGAUCAUUGAGUCCACGAAGCCGCCUGGAUUUGAAGCUUGGUUGGAGCGCGUGAAGAAGACCGUGGGUGAUGAGCCUGAGCGCUUCUCUAGCCUUCUACAAGCCAACGGCACGUACGCAGGUGCUGAGCGCCUCGAUGGUAGCGACAAUUCCCGUGGAGAGGAGUGGGAUGGCGAAGCCUUGGAGGCAACCACUGAAGGUCCCGCUCGUACACCAGCAGAAGAAGCCCGUUUCACACAGCUCUUGGAGGAGGCUUCUUCUCCUAAGAACAAUGAAUCGGACUUCCACCCUGAGGAGAAGAAGUGGGAGGCUGAGCCCGCUCUGACGGCAGAACAGAUCUCUGAAAUUGAGCAGCAAAUCGGUGCCGGUCUUAUUGAGGAAAUUAUUCAGGUCGCCGAGGGUGAACUGAAGGUUGUUGAUGAGUUGUACAAGUCGAAAGCCUGGGAGGAACUUGAGGAGAAGGCUAGACCUGGCCAGUGGUCUUACUUCGAGCGCCCCGAGUAAGUGCUCGGCAUAAUAGGGUCUUCUCAUGAAUGACAGACUUGACUUAAGAAUUCCCAUUGUUUGUAAUUAUAAGUUUACGUGUGUCCAAUCAAAACCAAUCACAAUUG